AUGGGGAUAGUGGAGGAGGCUCACAAUGUACGGGUGGUGGGGAACGGCGAGAAGGUCGUCGUCUUGGCCCAUGGGUUCGGAACUGAUCAGUCCGUCUGGAAGCACCUGUUACCGCAUCUUAUCGAGGGGUAUCGAGUGGUGCUGUUCGACAACAUGGGCGCCGGGCCGACCAACCCGGACUACUUUGACUUCGAUCGCUACUCCACGCUCGAAGGCUACGUCCAUGACCUCCUCGCUAUCAUGGAGGAGCUCCGAAUCCAAUCCUGUAUCUUUGUCGGACACUCCGUCUCGUCAAUGAUCGGUGCAAUCGCCUCCGUCUCCCGACCGGACCUCUUCGAGAAGAUCGUCAUGCUGGGCGCUUCACCCAGGUAAGACGACUUUCACCUGU